AUGGCGUCCACGACCGAGCCCACCGCCUUGAAGAAAGAGGAAGAAGAGGAGGAUGACUCCAAACCAGCUGCUGAAGAUGAGGACACCGGGGCCCAGAUUGCCCCGAUCGUCAAGCUCCAUGAAGUCGCCGUUGCCACCGGCGAGGAAAAUGAGGAUGUGCUGCUUGAUUUGAAAGCGAAGUUGUAUAGAUUUGACAAGGAAGGUAGUCAAUGGAAAGAGAGGGGAGUUGGCACUGUCAAGUUAUUAAAGCACAAGAAGACCGGCAAAGUUAGGCUUCUCAUGAGGCAGAACAAGACUCUUAAGAUCUGCGCCAAUCAUCUCGUCCUGCCCACAUUGACGCUGCAAGAGCAUCAAGGUAACGACAAGUCUUGUGUGUGGCAUGCUGCUGAUUUUGCUGAUGGGGAGCUAAAGCAGGAGACUUUCUGUAUCCGUUUUCCAUCAGUCGAAAAUUGCAAAUCUUUCAAAGAUAAGAUUGAAGAGAUCACUGAAUCUCAAGCAAAGGACAGUGGAGACAGUGAAGAAGGUACCACUGCUGCUGGUCUUAUCGAGAAAUUGAGUGUUGGAGGAAAUGACAAGGAGGAGAAACCAGAGUCCAAGGAUGAAUCUUCAGCUUCAAGUGAGAAAAAGGAGGACGAGAAAGAAAAACUCGAGAAACCAGAUGCUAAGGAGUGA